UUCAUCAAAUUUCCUCUAAUUUCGGAUUUUUUCCAUCUUCAGAGGUGAAGAAGAAGAUAAUUAGAACCAAAACUAAGAAAAAAACAAUCCGGUUAUCGACAAAAGGAAUCUGGUUAACGAAAAUUGAAUCAGGUUAAGUAAACGAUAACCGGAGGAAGAGGCGAGAGUCUAAAAAGGCAAACGUAACCGCGAGUAAACGACGACGACGACGCUUUGCCCUAAAAUCAAAAUUCUGCAAUAUAUAUAGAACCUCAAAAUCUCUCCCUGUUACCGAGAUUUGAUUCACCGAAAGAGAUUGAAUUCUACGAGAUUGAGAAUGGAUUUUAGGUUUCAACAAACGAUUGCAAUUCGUCAAGCUACGAGCGGAAAAGAGUCGUCGUCAGCUGUUAGCAUGCCAUAUCUCCCGGAUGAUAUACUGCUGAACUGUUUAGCCCGCGUCUCGAGAUUGUACUACCCAACUCUCUCCUUAGUUUCCAAGAGAUUCUGCUCUAUCCUCGCUUCGACGGAGCUUUACGAGAUCCGGAGGCUAUUAGGAAGCACAGAGAGUUGUCCCUAUCUCUGCUUAACGUCCCCUGGUAGCUCUAAGCCACGUUGGUUUACUCUGAGCCGUGGACCAGCUCCAAUCCCCAACGCUUACUCAAGAUGGUUCACUUCCUGUUUUAGUCCCUGCAGUAAGAGUCGCACAACAAGGAAUAUUAUGGUGUCGGUACCCGGUCACAGUUUUCCGCCUCAGUCUCGUUGGCUUCCUACAGUAGUCGGUUUCAGCAUCUACAUGAUUGGAGGACGCAUCAAAGGUGAGCCUUCGUCUAGGGUAUUCGUGAUGGACUGUCGGUCUCACACAUGGCACGAAGCUCCAAGCAUGCGGUUGGCUCGGAAGCGCCCCCUCGUGAGUGCUGCUGGUGGGAAGAUAUAUGUAGUGGAAGGCUGCUAUUGUGAUUCCGCAGAAUUUAUGGAGUUUUUCGAUCCCAAAACCCAGAUGUGGGAGCAUGUGCCAAGCCCUGGAGCAGAGAUACGCGGGUCAUAUAUGCUGGAAAGCCUCGCCAAGGAAGGAAAUCUUUACUUAGGUGGGGACAAGAGUGUUGUUUACAAGCCCAAGGAAGAUGAAUGGGAUUUGCUAGGACCGGGAAUGCAUUUUGGUGGGAUUUCAGAUUCUUCUUGCAUGAUAGAUAACGUAAGAUAUUGUUACACUGUCGGAUCCGGAUCCGCAUCGUCUCGAAGGCUUAAAUGGUACUCUAAGGAAAGAUCAUCCUGGAUAGCUCUCAAGGAUUUGGAGAAACUGCCUAAAUUACCAAAGGGUAAUGAUCGUGUUAGAUUGGAGAAUUGUGGUGGAAAUAUUUUGGUUUUUUGGGAGGAGAAUGUCCCUUCUAUUGGUUCUACCAAGAAGAAGAAGAUUUGGUGUGCUGAGAUUGCGAUUGAAAGACGCAACAAAGAGGAGGUAUAUGGGAAAGUUGAGUGGUGUGAUGUGGUGCUUACAGUCCCCAAGUCAUGUUCUUUCGAGCAAUUCGUUGUUGCCACUGUUUGAGCCAAAGGAUCUCUUUAUUUGGUCCUCAGAUUGGAACUAGAGUUUUCGGACUUCAUAGAUUCGUUGUCCAGGAAUGAGAAAUGUUCUUUGAGUGUUUAUGGUGUGGAAUUCACCUGGUUGGAUAGUCUACUUUCUCAGCAUCGAGAUGCUUGUGUAGUUUAGUAUUCUCAGAGACAAUCGAGCUUUGUUAAAGACGGGUUAGUCAAUGACAAGAACGCUUUCGCCUC